AACCAAUUCUCAGUUUCUCUCUCCAAAGCCAUUCCGAUUAAAAAUCCUUUUCUCUCUCUAAAAAUUAUCAUUAACAAUGGCCCCUAAAGCUGAAAAGAAACCAGCUGAGAAGAAGCCAGCCGCUGAGAAAGCUCCGGCUGAGAAGAAGCCGAAGGCCGGCAAGAAGCUUCCAAAGGAAGCCGGAGCCGCUGCCGGAGACAAGAAGAAGAAGAGAACCAAGAAGAGCGUGGAAACCUAUAAGAUCUACAUCUUUAAGGUUUUGAAGCAAGUUCAUCCUGACAUCGGAAUCUCUAGUAAGGCUAUGAGCAUUAUGAACAGCUUCAUUAAUGAUAUUUUUGAGAAGCUUGCUCAGGAAUCUUCUAAACUUGCUCGCUACAACAAGAAGCCUACUAUCACUUCUCGGGAGAUUCAAACUGCUGUCAGGCUUGUUCUUCCCGGUGAAUUGGCCAAGCACGCUGUUUCUGAAGGAACUAAGGCGGUUACAAAAUUUACUAGUUCUUAAUUGUGAUCUUUGAAGUUGAUGUAUUAGGGUUUGAGGCUUUGGUUGAAUUGUUGUGGAUUUGAAAAAAAUUGGGGUGGUUUUUUUGAUUGGAGGUUAUGCGAUUAGGGUUAGGGUGUUAGUUUUAAAUAUUAUUGUCCAUGUGUUUGAUCUGUAGAUUAUUAAUGUUUCUGAGUCUGUAUUUACUUUAUGCAGAUAUGAAAUAGUAUGACUUUUGUUUAAUGGCGAGUAUUUAUGUUUCAGACUUGAAUUAUAUUAUUUCUUCAUGUUGA